AAGGGUCUCUGUCGGCUCUGCAUCAUGGUGAGGGAUGUAGACGACCUGGACUUCCAUCUGCAGACACACGCCCAAGACACGCUGGAUGGCCUGCAGCGUCUCCGCUCCCUGCCCAAGCUGGCCGACGUCACACUGCUGGUGGGUGAGCGGGAGCUGCCCUGUCACCGCAGCCUCCUGGCACUGAGUAGCCCCUACUUCCACGCCAUGUUUGCCGGAGACUUUGCUGAAAGCUUUUCGGCGCGUGUGGAGCUUCGAGACGUAGAGCCGGCUGCGGUGGGACAGCUGGUAGACUUCGUGUACACGGGCCGGCUCACCAUCACUCAGGCUAACGUGGAGGCACUGACCCGCACCGCGUCACGCCUUCACUUCCCCACCGUCCAGAAGGUCUGUGGCCGAUACCUCCAGCAGCAGUUAGAUGCCACCAACUGCCUGGGCAUCUGCGAGUUUGGGGAACAGCAGGGGCUGCUGGGCGUGGCUGCCAAAGCCUGGGCCUUCUUUCGGGAGAACUUUGAGGCGGUGGCCCAAGAGGACGAGUUCCUGCAGCUGCCCAGAGACCGGCUGGCCACCUGUCUGGCCAGCGACCUGCUGCAGGUACAGCCCGAGCAGAGCCGGCUGGAGGCCCUGCUGCGCUGGGUGCGCCAUGACCCUCGGGAACGGGCUGCCCACCUGCCCGAGCUCCUCAGCCUGGUGCACUUGGAUGCUGUGCCAAGGCCCUGCGUGCAACAGUUGCUGGCCACAGAGCCACUGAUCCAGGAGUCAGAAGCGUGUCAGGAAGCCCUGUCCCAGGGUCGCAGUGCGGAGCUUCCUGGUCUCCUGCAGAAGAUGCAAGAGGUGCUGGUGGUCGUAGGAGGGCGAGCCCUGGAGGAGGACGAAGAGGGUGGUGAGGAACCCAGCCCCCACACUGGGAACUUUGCCUUCUACAACACUAAGGCCAGGCAGUGGAUGGCGCUCCCGGACUUCCCUGAUUACCACAAGUGGGGCUUCUCCCUGGCAGCACUCAACAAUGACGUCUACGUCACAGGUGGCUCCCGGGGCACCAAAACAGACACCUGGUCGACCACCCAUGCCUGGUGCUUCCCCCUGAAGGAGGCUACCUGGAAGCCUGUGGCGCCCAUGCUAAAGGCCCGCACGAACCACGCCAGCACAGCGCUGAAUGGAGAGAUAUACGCCAUUGGGGGCACCGCUCUGGAUGCAGUAGAGGUGGAGCGCUAUGACCCCUACACGGACAGCUGGACUCCUGUCAGCCCGGCCCUCAAGUAUGUCAGCAACUUCUCGGCUGCCAGCUGCCAGGGCCGCCUCUACCUGGUGGGAUCCAGCGCCUGCAAGUACAACAUGCUAGCUCUCCAGUGCUACAGCCCCGUGACAGAUGCCUGGAGUGUGAUUGCCUCGCCUUUCCUGCCCAAGUACCUGUCCUCUCCACGCUGCGCUGCCCUCAAUGGAGCCCUGUAUCUCAUCGGUGACAACACUAAGAAGGUUUACGUGUACGAUCCGGGGGCCAACCUGUGGCAGAAGGUGCAGUCUCAGCACAGCCUGCACGAGAACGGGGCGCUGGUGCCCCUGGGUGAUGCGCUAUACGUGACAGGAGGCCGCUGGCAAGGCAUGGAUGGCGACUACCAUGUGGAGAUGGAGGCCUACGACACUGUGAGGGAUGCCUGGGCUCGCCACGGCUCCCUACCCCGUCUCUGGCUCUACCAUGGGGCCUCUACCAUCUUUCUGGACAUCUCCAAGUGGACACAGCCCUUCAGCCCCAGUGCCACUCAGGAGCAGUAGGGAGGGAGGAGUCCU